UAUCAUCAACAUCAUCAACCUACCUUCUUCUAUCUUUUCUACCCAAGUCAUGCUAUUGUUUUGUCCCCUUCAAGAUUUUCUUCUCUGCUUGGCCUCAUAUUUUUUUUUGCAAAAUAAAAGAUCAAAGGCACACACGCACGGCAUCUUAUGGAUUCAUUGGUCCUUGCCUUCGUAUUAGUCGUUGAAGUUUCCUACCUGCUUCAUUUUGACUAAUAUUGGGGUUAUAACUGGACCAAGAGAUCUAUCCUCCUGUACGUACAACCAAAUAUGAUAUCAAUGAGUCUAAAUACCUACCUGCUAGCCUAUAUAUAGCGUCAACUAUAAUACUAAAGGGAGCUAGCUCUGAUCAGCUUUGUCAAUAGGUGAUCGAUCAGUGAUUCUUGAUCGAUUGAUUGUCCGUGACUCCAUGUUAGGUGGGUCUAACACUCACACAUCUUCUGAGAUCCAGUUGCUUCCGUGAUAGAGCGAGCUCUCACCUACUAGUCAAGCUCAUGAUCAGUCGGCUCUUCGCACCUGUUUGGAAUCCAGAUUCCAAACGCAGCUUGGUUCACUUCAGAAAUGGUUUAAUUUGGUUGUACUUUGUCCUCAGUCCUCACUCCUUAGAAGUAUUCGCGCCCACCCCGACCCCGAGCGUCUCUCUCUCUAGCGAGAAACUAGAAGGGAACAAAGAAGGAAAGUUCUGACCCAAACCAAAGGAGGACAUCCGGAAAUCCGGAAAUCCGGAAAUCCGAAAAUCCCCACUUCCCCAGUACGAAAACAGCAGAAAGAAAGAAAAGAAACAAGUUCGUCUAAGUGAUCCUGUUUCUGUGAUCGUCGGGUUUUUGUCUUAAAAGGCAGGCAAUGGCGAAGAACGAGAAAGAGAAGAAGAUGUCCGUUGGCGUAGUUUGGAACUGUGCAGCAGAGCUCAAACUCUUACUCACUGCUCUACUCUUCAUCUCCUUCCUUGCGCUACUUCUCCACCUUAUCCCAUAUCGUCUCUCCUCUUUCUCUCCUUCUGAUUUCCGCUCAUGUCUCUCGACACCCUCCACACUCGCCCCUGCACCUUCUUCUUCUUCUUCUUCUUCUUCUUCUUCUUCUUCUUCUUCUUCUUCAACCUCUGCGUCUGUUCCUCUCCCAAGCCCAUUAUCUCCACCCUCAGUAAUCAAAGAUGAGUUAAUCGAUGGAGUCAUCAUCAAGAGAGCUCUCAAGCCAUUCGGAGCUGCUGCUUAUAUCUUCAUCCAGAUGGGUGCUUACAGGGGUGGUCUCAAUACCUUCGCUAUCGUCGGCCUCGCAUCUAAGCCCCUCCAUGUCUACGGCAAGCCCCAAUACGUAUGCCGAUGGGUCUCUGAUCGAUCCAAUAACAAAACAAUCUCCACCGUCGGUUACAAGAUUCUUCCUGAUUGGGGCUACGGCCGCGUAUACACUGUCGUCGUCGUCAAUUGUACCUUCACUGAGCCAGUCGGCACCAAUGGCUCCGGUGGACGUUUGGUUCUAAUAGCCUCCACUAAUGGUGGUGGCGAUCGAGAUUCCAAUGCAACUGAAGAAAUCGAAGCGCUGAGAGAAGCUCCGGGUAGCUUGAACACUUCGAUUUUCACAUCUUCGCCUCCCUACGAUUAUCUUUACUGUGGGUCGCCUUUGUACGGAAAUCUGAGUCCUCAGAGGAUGAGGGAGUGGAUGGCGUACCAUGUGAAGCUGUUCGGAGAGAAAUCCCAUUUUGUAAUUCAUGAUGCUGGAGGGAUUCAUCCUGAGAUUUUAGAGGUUUUGAAGCCGUGGAUGGAGAAAGGGUAUGUGACAUUGCAGGAUAUCAAAGAGCAAGAGAGGUUUGAUGGGUACUAUCACAAUCAGUUUCUAGUGGUGAAUGACUGCUUGCAUCGUUAUAAGUUCAUGGCUAAGUGGAUGUUCUUCUUUGAUGUCGAUGAGUACAUCUAUCUGCUUCCCAAGAACAAAAUUGAAUCGCUUCUUGAUUCGCUUUCCGAUUAUGCGCAGUUCACCUUCGAACAGAUGCCAAUGUCGAAUAAGCUCUGUCUCGCCGCGGAUAAUGGAAAAACUCACAGGAAAUGGGGGUUUGAGAAGCUAGUGUACAGGGAUGUGAAGAGGGUAGCAAGGAGGGACAGGAAGUAUGCAGUGCAACCGCGCAAUGUGUAUGCAACAGGGGUGCAUAUGUCGCAGAAUGUGGGUGGGAAGACACUGCAUAAGGCGGAUCGGCGGAUCAAGUACUUCCAUUAUCAUGACACCAUCGCAGAGCGACACGAGCCAUGCCGGGAACUUGUUAAUACAACGGAGCUCACAUUUGAGGAUACCCCCUAUGUCCUUGACACCACCAUGAGACGAGUUGCUUCUUCUGUAAAGAGAUUUGAGUUCAACAUCAUUGGGAGUAGAUUACAAAGAACUCGACAAUAACAGCUGGCUAUCUCUUCCUGACUUCUUUUUUAUUCUUUAAAAAAUUAUUAGAGCAUAUUAAUUCUUUCUUUCUGUUCUCUUAUUGAACAGAAAGAAAUUCAUUGGGUUCUUUAUGUCUCUCUUGUAUAUUUUCUCUUCUCUUGUUGAACAGAAAGAAAUUCUUUGGGUUCUUUAUGUCUUUCUUGUAUAUACGGUGUUAUGGAUU